AAUAUUCGAGCCCUAGGCCACUAAUGACCAUAAUCAACUGCUGUUGGGGACUGUUCUUGUAGGACAGAUUGCUUGCCUUGGGAUGCCUACUGUUGUUCAUGGCUCCGUUGAAGAAAAACUGUUGCAUUCACCCUCAAGUAUUUUCCUGAAGGCAUUCCCUGUGCAUCUAUUACAGUAAAAUCCAAGUAAACAUUUCAGCUUCAGAAGAAUAAGAUUACUCUGACAAAGAUGGAUCUUGGAAAAACUGUUGAAUAUGGAACACAUCGCCAGGAUGCAAUCGCACAAAUAGAUGUCCCAGAUCAGGUUCUUUACACAAUUGGGAGCUUCAUACUGAUAAUCGGUUCUGUGGGAAUUAUAGGAAACAUGUUGGUUCUCUAUGCAUUUUACAGAAACAAGAAGCUGAGGACGGCACCCAACUACUUUAUUAUAAACUUAGCAAUCAGUGAUUUUUUAAUGUCAGCAACCCAGGCACCAGUUUGCUUUCUAAGCAGCUUGCACAGGGAGUGGAUACUUGGAGAUAUAGGCUGUAAUGUGUAUGCGUUUUGUGGGGCACUGUUUGGAAUAACCUCUAUGAUGACAUUAUUGGCUAUAUCAAUCAAUCGAUAUAUAGUUAUCACAAAACCACUACAGUCCAUUCAAUGGUCUUCCAAAAAAAGAACAUCACAGAUUAUUGUCCUUGUCUGGAUGUAUUCAUUAAUGUGGAGCUUGGCACCAUUACUUGGCUGGAGUUCCUAUGUGCCAGAGGGCUUAAGGAUAUCUUGUACAUGGGACUAUGUGACAUCUACAAUGUCAAACAGAAGUUACACAAUGAUGCUGUGCUGUUGCGUCUUCUUUAUUCCACUUAUUGUAAUAUCACAUUGUUACUUAUUCAUGUUUCUGGCAAUUCGGAGUACUGGCAGGAAUGUACAGAAACUUGGAUCAUACGGUCGCCAAUCUUUUUUGUCUCAAUCCAUGAAGAAUGAAUGGAAAAUGGCAAAAAUUGCUUUUGUAAUCAUCAUUGUAUUUGUACUGUCCUGGUCUCCUUAUGCUUGCGUCACACUGAUUGCUUGGGCUGGGCAUGGUAAAUCUUUAACUCCCUAUUCCAAGACAGUCCCAGCAGUCAUUGCCAAGGCAUCUGCGAUCUACAAUCCAAUUAUCUAUGGAAUAAUACACCCAAAAUACAGGGAAACCAUACACAAGACUGUGCCAUGUCUCCGUUUCCUAAUUAGGGAGCCAAAAAAAGAUAUUUUUGAGUCUUCAGUAAGAGGUUCCAUUUACGGCCGUCAGUCAGCCUCAAGGAAGAAAAAUAGCUUCAUUUCAACUGUAUCCACAGCAGAAACAGUGAGUUCACAUAUUUGGGACAACACACCUAAUGGACAUUGGGACAGGAAAUCCCUUUCUCAGACUAUGAGCAAUUUGUGUUCUCCCUUAUUGCAGGUACUGACUGACGUGAAGCUGGAUUCAAUUUUCAGAAGUGGUAGUUUUCAAAGAAGCAACUCCUUUUCAAGCAGUCACAAACAAGCACAAAAAAGAGAGUUAUUGAAAGCUUGGAGCUGCAACGUUUUACCCAAAGAAAAGGAUCCAAAUUCAUCACAUACACUGGAACAGACGUUAACAUGGCCAGAUGAUCCAAGCCCAAAGGAAAUUCUUUUGCCCAGUUCCCUGAAAUCAGUUACCUAUCCCAUUGGCUUGGAAUCCAUAGUUAAAGAUGAACAUACAAAUAAUUCCUGUGUAAGAAAUCAUAGAGUUGAUAAAAGUGGAGGUCUGGACUGGAUUAUUAAUGCUACCUUACCUCGAAUUGUCAUCAUUCCUACCUCAGAGAGCAACAUCUCUGAAACCAAAGAAGAACAUGACAAUAAUUCUGAGGAAAAAAGUAAAAGAACAGAGGAAGAGGAAGAUUUCUUUAACUUUCAUGUUGACACAAGUCUGUUAAAUUUGGAAGGACUUAAUUCAUCUACAGACCUAUAUGAAGUAGUUGAAAGGUUCCUUUCCUAAAGGAAGCAGGGGAAAAAAAAUAUGUUAACUGUUCACAUCUGCUAUAAAUAAAGCAUAUGCAAUAGAUAUGGCACACAGUUAUAUAUUUGAAUUAAUUAGUAAUAGUGAAGCCACUUUAAACAGAUGUUUGCCUUAAAAUUUUACUGUUAGUAUAAGGUGGACUACUCUAUUCAGUAGGCAGUUGUUCAUUGUUUUCUAUUCUGCUUUUUUUAUUAUUUAAGGUUUAUUAUUAUUAUUUGUUCUGUAGCUCUUCAUCUUGGAAUUUAAGGAGGAAAAGUGACAACGUUUGCACUAGGUCCAGCCCACAUCACAUAAUCAGCAGGCAGCAUUACUGGUAACCUGUUUGAAAACAAUGAUUUAACUGGUUGCUGUGAAUUACUAGACCUAAUGUUAAUUUUAUUACAAUGGGUGCUCAAUCCCAACAUUUUCUAACAAAGAGUGGAAGGAUAAAUAUAAGAGAGUCUGAAUAGAAAGAUCAUUAAUAAAAAGAAAGGAAAACAAUAAAAAUCUAGACUCAGAAUGAAUCUGCUUUCUGAUUGCUUACCAUUGCUGUCCAAGAUGACAAGAUGCAUUUUAAAGGUCAAUGAAGUCCCCUUUUAAUGAUUUGCAUACAGGGUAGGACUGUGCCAGGGGGACACUGAGAAAAAAAUGGUGGUCCCCCUGCCCUUGUGGGCCCCGACUGCUCCCAGCUGCUAGACCCAUAGCUCCUUCUGACUUCCCCGUCACAACAUGAAGAAAUAAUGUGCGUUGAAGAUGUUACGAAAGGGGGACAGAGGAAGAUUUGUGGCUGGGGCCCAUGGGGGUGGCUGAGGGGGUGUGUGUGGGCCCCAGUGGGCCCAGAUCCCCCAGUCCAACGAUGUACAGGUAAACUAUAGUUUGAAAAAAGGAUGCCUUCUUUUUGCCGAAAUUCUUCAAAGAUCUAUAAUCCUGGGUAACAUUAGCUUCAGCAUGUUCGCCACCCUCUAUAACUAAGGCAUGCAUAAGCUAUUCAUGUGAGCCAUGUGUCAUCACUGAAGCCAACGCUGUACAGGUAGACUAUAGUAUAAAAAAAGAUGCCUUAUUUUGCCAAAAUUAUUUCCCAGAUCCAUCAUCUUGGGUAACAUUAGCUGACUAAGGCAUACAAAAGCUAUCCAUGUGAGCCAUGUGUCAUCAUUGAAGCCAAAUCCAUCGCUAACAAAAUCUAAGAUGAUGGCCACAACCCUCUGAAGACGAGGUCAUUAUGAUGCACCUUUAAUUUAUGUGAAGUAAAAGGUGAUGAAAUGGGGAAAUUCCUGAAAGGUGUCAAAUGUUAGGCACCCCGCCAGCGACUGU